AUGUCGAUGUUUGUGCUUGUGGGUUCCAAGGAGCCCCUGUACAAGAUGGAGAUGCGUGCGCGACACGAAGAAAGCGCCCACGUGGACGAGUUUGUUCUGCAUGCUGCGCUGGACUUGGUCGACGAGCUCAUGUGGACGACACCUGCCAUGGCACUCAAGGUGGUGGAUCGAUUCAAUGACCAACUUGUGUCGGCCUUUGUCACUGCCUCAGGCGCCAAGUUUCUUGUGCUGCACGAGACUCGCAACGAUGACACUAUUAAGGCAUUUUUUCACGAGGUGCAUGAGCUUUACGUCAAGCUGCUGAUGAACCCCUUCUACAAAUACGAUACGCCAAUCUACUCCGAGGUUUUUGACGCGCGUGUGAAGACACUUGCGCGGAGAUACUUGUGA